CAUUUGUUUCACUUUUCAAAUUUUGUCAUGGAGUUCAAAUAUCGUGAUGGUCAAAUCCAAAGGACACCAUCACCAUUGCGGAGCGCUCUUCCUUCCAACUCCUAUGUCUCCAAUCGCCCAUUACAUGGGUGUGACUUUGCAUCAGGUGGCUUUCCUAGCAAUGUUUCAGCGCCUAGAGUUUUCCCAAUGGUCAUGCCGAUCAAUGUCAACGAAGUAUUCCAACGAGAGUUGGAGAAAGAGCAAAUAUGGCGAGAGCUAGAGAAGGAAAAAAUCAGGAGAGAAAUCAUUGCUCGUGAGAUGGCUUUUGCACAACGACGAGAGUUGGAAGACGAAGUGAGAAAGGAAAUGGAAUUAGAGAGAACAUCUAGAAUGUCGAUGCAAAGAUCAGAGGGGAUUGCAUUUCGAGAACCAAUUUCAGAGUCUAUUAAUCAGAGUCGGUUGAAUAACAUUACCAUGUUUGGUGGGCUACCAUUCCAUUUAUCGUCCCAAGCUUCUAAGCAAAUUCACACGGAUAAUAUCCUAUUUGAUAACAAAGAAGCUUCUAAUAGCAAGGAUAAAGUGAUUAUAUUGGUUAGUGUAUAGACUUAUGUUUAAUUUAUCCUUCAUUUUUGUCUUUA